AUGAAUUUGCUUUUUAUUGGAUCUCUACAUGAUGUUCUUCAUGGAAGGAAUGGUGGACUAGCAGGUCCUCUUCUAUCAUGGUCCCAAAGAGUUAAAAUUGUUGUUGGGGCUGCAAAAGGGCUUGAAUACCUGCAUGAGAAGACACAACCUCCAAUUAAUCAUGCUGAUAUGAAGUCCAGUAAUGUUCUUCUUUUUGAAGACCAUGUGGCUAAGAUUAGAGAUAUGGAUUUAACACACCAAACCCCAGGCAUGGCAGCACGUCUUCAUUCUACCCGUGUUCUUGGUACUUUUGGUUACCAUGCACCUGAAUAUGCCAUGACAGGAGUGAUAAAUUUAAAGAGUGAUGUUUGCAGCUUUGGAGUUGUUCUCCUGGAACUCUUGACAGGAUGA